AUGCAGUCCCAGCUCCAAGGCAAAGCUCUGUCAUCGCCACAGAUUCUCGUGUCGGGUUGCGGGAAUUCAAGGCUUUCCGAGCACCUCUAUGAUGCUGGGUUCAGGGACAUCACUAAUGUCAAUUUUUCUAAGGUUGUCAUCUCGGACAUGUUGAGCCGCAAUGUCCGUGAACGAAUCGGCAUGCGGUGGCGCGUCAUGGACAUGACCAAAAUGCAGUUUGAGGAUGCGACCUUUGAUGCCGUACUUGAUAAAGGUGGUUUGGAUGCUUUAAUGGAGCCAGAGCUGGGUCCUGAUUUAUGGAAGAAAUAUUUAUCAGAGGUUAAAAGGGUGUUAAAAUUUGGCGGGAAGUUUAUUUGUCUUACCUUUGCAGAGGCUCACGUUCUUGGUUUGCUUUUCUCUACAUUUCGCUUUGGGUGGAAAAUGAGUAUUCAUGCCAUACCUCAAAAACCAUCUAACAAGCCUAGCCUUCAAACAUUUAUGAUGGUUGCUGAAAAGGAGACAUCAACUAUGCUGCAUGAGAUAGUGUCAUCAUUCAACAAUUCCUCUCUUGUUUGUAGUGGAGAUCAGAUCCCAUCCAAAUCUAUGGUUCGUAAAGCUUAA